GCAGUACACUGGCGCGGCUUCUUCAUGUCGGAUGCUAUUCACGAUCAGCGAGCGACCAGCCUGGCCGCGCUGCAGGAGGCGCAGGAGCUCGCCAAAGCCUCCAGCUCUGCUCUCUCGGUGCUGCGGUGGAGCGCCAGCAAGGUCGCCGCCUGCAGUCUCAGGCGCUCGCGGUUGCUGGAGGACAAAGACACUGGCCCCAGCCUGCUUUCUGGUCGAUCUGGUCGACAUCAGGACCCAGCCUCGGCGGACCACUACUCGGCGGAGUGCCAGGCGCUGCAGCCGCUGAGGCGUAUUCAGCGGCAGCUGUCUCUCCUCGAGCCCUCCAUACCCGGCCCGAUGCGCUGGCUAAUUCACGUGAUGGUGAACAGCCGUCACGACAGCCAGCAGCUGCUGCGCGGCAUGCUGAUCGCGCUGGCGCCGUUCGACUUCUCCGUCUUCCACUUCGACGCUCGCUCGCCCGCCGACGAGACGGCGCUCCGCUAUAGCCGGCAGCGCUGGUUCGCAGAGGCGCGGGUGGUGCACCGCGGCUUUGUCCGCGGGACCGGGUGUAUCCUCGAGGCGCUCCAGACCACGGUCGGCUGGAUGCUCGGCCAGCGCCGCGGUGUGUACUCGCACCUGUGGAAGCUCGACUCGGACCUGGACCUCUCCCUCCUCGACCUCGCCGCCUUCCGCGCCCUGGUUGCCCACCGCGCGCCCUUCCUCUCGCAGCCCGCCGUCGUGCCUGUGCGGCGCGGCCGGCGCGGCUCUGACCGCACCUCACUCAUGGCGGAGCUCGCACGGCGCGACAAUGAUUCGCGGCUCACGCGGCCGACUGCGCGGGUCGCGGGACGGGAGCGAGUCGCGUCGCAGCGCCUGCUGCCCAACGGCGACACGCCCGACCUGAUCGAGAUCAUGUGCCCGCUCAUCGACGCGGCGCUGCUGCCGGCUUGGCACGCCGCAAUCACGCCGAUGGAGACGCGAAACGACUUUGCGGCCGAGCAGGCGCUCAACGGGCUCGCAAACGCCUUUGCCCAGGCGGCGGGCCGGUGGCCGCCGCCGCGCCCGCUGCAGCCGAGCGACGACCUGCGACCCGCUGGGGCGCCGCCGCCCACAGGCGCGUCAACGGCACGCGCUGCCCCAGGCUGCUGACGGCUGCCGACGGAGGCCGGCGGGCGAGGUGGAGGGUGUGGGCACAGGAGGCGACGGCGAACGCGACGGCGCGCGUGGCGGAGCGGCCGUGGCGGUGGACGUACGUGUGAUGUGUGCGGGUGCUCUAAGUUAUAGAGAGACCGACGGAACGC